GUGGAACUGAUCGUUGGAACUCACGCACCCAUUUUUUUUCUUUUCUUCUCUCCGUCUCUCUUCCUUCCUCACUUUGACCCCUCCACACUAAUGGCUGCGCUGGAAAACUCACCAGAGCAGCAAGCGAAUUUAUUUCAACCACAAGCUGAGGAUAUACUGUCAGACGACGAAUUAUUAGAAUUAUUUCGAGUGGUCAAGCAAAUAUUUCGUAAGAAGCCUACCACCGACCGUAUUUCCAAGGUUUUCUUUUGUUUUUGCUAUGCGUUAGGUGAUGAAGUCAAGUUCUAUAAGCCCAAGGCCGAUCGCAUUUCAUUCAAGGAGGAUGGCGCCAUUCAGUACAAUACAGUCAAAGUGCCUGGGUCGCCUGAUGCUUCCAGCACGGCCGUUGAUCUAGCCACCAAGAGAUUCAACGAAUCUCCGGGAGAGGAACAGCGACGAGCGUACCCGGUAUCCUACAUAACACAGAACAAAGAUUUUGGCUCCAAAGCAACCUCCACAUCCCCACACUCGCCGUCAUUACCAUCAUUCUCAUCUCACUUUGGCCAAGACCGAAUGCCGUCACCGCAAGCCUCUGGUUCGUCAGCGCAUUCACCGUUCAUUGACCUUCCAUCGAGCACUCCACGGAUUAAUGGCGCCGGCUUUCGACCUCCAACCAAGCAAUAUCAAUCUAUUCAACCGUCCGAAGUCAAACCCGAUCGUCUCUAUCAGUCACCAUCCGCAUCUCCUCAGUCGCAAUCGUCUAUAAUCUCAAACAAUCCUGCUGCAGCUAUUACUCGUAGAGGGUUUUAUUAUCAACCUGGAAGGAUUAAUAAUGAAGAUGUGUUGGUACAACGCUAUGCUGAACAAGGGCUUCUAGUGCAUGGCCCAUUGAUCAAGAAGAAGCGACGAGCCAUGUUCCCAGAAGACAAUCAGCCAGAAAUGAACGAAAUACUUUCCUUUCCACCACGAUCUAUAGGCGAAGGACCUGCCAAGAAACCUAAAAUACCACAUCGACAUGGUGAAUUUGAGUCACGGCGGGAUGAUAUCAUUCAAAGACUACGAGCUAUCGCUGUUAGUGAUCUCGAACAAAAAGCAUCCAAAAUCAGUCAUCAUUUUUCUCUAGCCAUCGAAAAACCCAAGCCUCCAACUAGACAAACCGCAGAAGAUGUAAUUCGACCCGCUUUACUCAUCCUUGCCAAACAUUCGAAUAUGAAACCUCACCUGGACAAUGGCAUGAACCAAAAUGGCAUUUACUACAAUUGGGACUACUAUCGAUUGUUUUUAGCCUUUGAUCAAUUUCAACAAGCGUAUGCUCAGUUCUAUCCAGUGGCUGGUUCGGCUUGUUCAUGCACAAAGGAAGAGCAUGACCGGCAUGGAGGAUGCAUGAAGAGUAGUUUAGCCGAUCGAGAAAAGGAGAAGAAUGCCAACAUGAAGUCCUAUCGUCCUUGGAUAGAACCUUUACUCAAGGAGACAAACUGGGCAGCUUUUCGACGAAACAUCGUAGUAGGCGAGCGCAUGAUGCAAUUGACCAAGGCGGUUGGCUUAGGCGUCCUGUUGAUGACUAAGGAGCUCAGUGGUAGCAAAAUUCAUCUCACCUUUACCAACAAUGAAUGGCAUGAGUUUUUGACCGGUCUCAUCUCCGGCAAAUGGGAUUCUGUUGUUACCAACUUAUCACCGGAAGCAGACGAGAAUGGAUCAAGGCUGGUGCAAGAACUGUGCAAGAAAUUCGACACUCCGCGAUGGUUUGAACAUGAGCCCCAUAACGUCGAGCAUGAUGAAACACAUUCUCGGCGGUCAUCCUCAUCUAACCUCUCUUCGCCAAGAGACUUGGAUGCCGAGCAAAGAAGAAGUGUUAUGUCUAUUACCGAGAUGAAGAAUACGACGGCUGUAAGCUAAUGUACAUGUUUGAGGCGAUGUUCAUACCUCUAUACAUUCAUGAAGUUUCAUCCUACUUUUUGGAUUAUUAUGCUCCCUCCAUCCACACAUUUUCUCAGUUAUACAUACUUACUAUAUACACCCCCCCCCCUCCCUGUACUAUUACAAAUUGAAUUCCAUAUUUUCUCUUUCCCUCCGACCAACCUACAGUAUUAUGGUCAUGUAACAAGGUUAUUUGUUUUUUUUUUGAAACUG